CUCAUUAAUAAUCAGGCGACGACCGCAAAGAGGCCGCUGCGCGCACCCUGGUCCGUCAUAGGCUGGAGGCACUGAGGGAAACAGUGUUGGUGAGGACGCUAAAGCUUGGAACCAUCAUGCCGAUGCCCCAGGAAGACACUCCGACAGCUAGUGGGAGCAGUACAACGCUCCCAGUCGCCUACCACGUCCCCAACGCGGCGUUAGCGUUCAACACUUAUGCAGCCGCGCGGCAAGCAGCAGCCACACAUCUGCGGAGACCAACGAUACCCCAUCCUAGCGGCCUCGAGACCCUCGAAGAGGUCUCGCAUGUCAAUGCUCUGCAUUUGGCGACGGGCCGGUCACCCACUGGCUUGGGUCGUGCCGCCCAACUUGGUGCCGAUGUCGACAAGGCUGCAGACGAGGCGCUGAGCAACCUACCGCCUUGCCAGCGAUGUUUGGCACUAGCUCGGUCAGAGGGAUACAAUAUCAUCGCCAUAGAUCUGACGAACAAGCGCUGGAAAGAACGCUGGGAACGGCUGUGCCUCGACAAUGGCUCGAUAGAUACCACAGGCGCUGGCUCAGAUGAUGGCACAGGUCUCGUGAGGAGUAGUAGCAGAGGCACAUUGGCGCCAGGUCCUACCACCGCCGCUUGGACGCUACAGGAAGCUGAAGAGUGGCGAAAAGCCCCUGCCUUCAAUCGCGCAGAGGUAAAUAUCACGCGGGUGGAAGAGAGCGAGGGCGUUGUUGCAAUUCUCAGCCAAUGGAUUGAACUGGAUGCAAUAGACGAAGGUGUCCGAUUGGAUUCAGAAAUCGCUCUACAACAAGAAGUCGCCUACGCCAGCCACAUUGGCAUUUCGCAUGUGAUCCUUCCUCCUCCCUCAAGCGAUCCAGAGCGCAGAGUGUUCCUACCGGAUUAUGCACGGGCGGUGGCAAACUGUGUCAUUGCAGCAUCCGCAGGGACGGCGCCUCCUGCCGGUCAAUGGAUCACCCUAUCUGUUCAUUUACCAGUCUCCUCGCCGUACGAAGUAGCGCGUAAGCUAGCCAAAGUGCGGAACAGCGGCGGAGCCGCUAAUACUUCCGCGUCAAUUUCGAGUCAGACGGCAGGCAGCGCUAUUCGCGUGGACGACGACUGGGCCUGGGACACGUGGAACGUAAUACAACAGGCUUGCGCAUACAGCAAUCGCGUGCAGCUCACUCUCGACCUUGCGUAUCCACUGCCUGGCCCAUCUGCGCUCUCUCGCUGGGCGUCCGAACCCGUGUCGGCACUCUUCCUGCCUUCCACCACGUUCCUCGCCAAUGCUAAAGGCUUCCCCGUCCUCUCAAAAGCAGCGCAAACACUGCUGAAAGCAAUGAUGAAGCGGCGUCCAGCUGUCAUCUUGUCCGAGGUCGAUAGUCCGCCGGUGCAACACACGAGGGGCGGCAGCAACGCGUACUUGCAGUAUAUUCGGCACUUGGAGAAGACCAUGCCGGCGGACACGCCGAUCGACAUCUUUGCCAAAGGCUAUUCUGACUGGCUUCAGGCGCCUCUGCAACCUCUCAUGGACAACCUUGAGAGUUCAACGUACGAAGUCUUCGAGCGAGACCCGAUCAAGUAUGCUCUGUAUGAGGAGGCCGUUUUCAAUGCGUUGCAAGCGCGCGUGCAAGGCGGGUACUCUUCCACAUCCAUCUGGGUCUGCGGUGCGGGAAGAGGGCCUCUUGUCGCUCGGUGUAUCGCAGCGGCCAAGCGAGCGAGAGCACGGGUGAAAAUCACUGCGCUGGAGAAGAAUGCGAAUGCGCUCGUGGUCCUUCAAGAGAAGCAGGCGCUGGAAUGGGGUGCAGAUCUCGUCACUGUUCUUUAUGGUGAUAUGCGCACGAUGGCGAUCCCAAAGGAGAAGGCGGAUAUUGUGGUCAGCGAGCUUCUCGGAAGCUUUGGCGACAACGAACUGAGUCCAGAGUGCCUCGAUGGCGCGAUGCGGUUUCUCAAGCCGUCCGGAAUCUCCAUUCCCGCGUCGUACAGCAGCUUUCUCACGCCCAUUUCUUCAGCAAAGCUGUAUGCAGAGGUUAUGGGCCAUGGAUCGAACGCAAAUACGACAGAAGCGCAGAAGCUCAAAGCGUGCGAGACGCCUUACGUGGUGCUCUUUCAGGCUGUCUCCUAUCUGGCGGGUAAAGGUGGGCGCGGCUCGUGGGACAGCGUACAAGCUUCGUGGGCGUUCCAGCAUGGACCGGCCGACGUCGCAUCGCCGGUGUGCGAUGCGCAAGGCCUGCCCCUUACGAAUGCGCACAACGUCAGGACGAGCUCGCACACCUUUCACAUCCCGCAAGCUGGGCUGUGCCAUGGCUUUGCCGGAUACUUUGAGGCCAAUCUCUAUGGAGACGUCAACAUGUCGAUCCAUCCGGACUUUUCAAGGCACAGCAAGGAUAUGCUCAGCUGGUUCCCGAUCUUCUUCCCUUUGCGGGAACCUCUCUAUUUGCCAGCAGGCUCAGAGCUGGACAUCCAUCUCUGGCGCAUGUCAUCUGCGCGCAAAGUGUGGUAUGAGUGGUAUGCCGAGGUGUACAUGCCGCUGCCACUCGCUUUUGCAAGCGGCAUGCUGCCCGCAAGUCAGACGUCAGCUACAUCGGCCGCCUCCUCUGAUACGGUCCACGGUGGGCUUCCGCACGGUCCAACAUCCUCUUCAGAAGGAGCUACCGCAGCAACUACGGCAGCGUCCUCAGAGAACGGUCAUGCCAACUUCCAAAAUGCACCCGCGACACCCUCGCUGCUGUCUGUCCACCAGACGAACAGUCGCCCACAGUCUUUUGCAGCAUCAGCAAGUGCAGAUGGCAUUGUCAGGAUCAAAACGGGAAUGUCUUCUCUGAUGAAUCCGGGUGGGCGCAGCUCUUGGAUCGGGUUGUAGGCACUGUAUACUGUGUGUCCAUAGCGGCGCCAAGCCUCUGAAUUCAUGGGAUAUCUGCGCAUGUACCUUCUUGUG